UUCACUAUCUCUUAGUAGACCAAGAGAGAUUCAUUUGCAACUCAUUUCUAUACUCAUAUCCUUAUAGCGAAACUACAGAGUACGGGACCGUCCAAUCACCCGCGACAGGCAACAGAGAUCCGACACUGGAUUGAGAGUCGUUUCGAGGUAUUUCUGUCGUUCCCGAGCUCUUGAUCUCUCACCAUAAUACCAGGCAGUAUGUCAGAGUCGAAACACCUUAGACAUAUCGACCUGGCCUCUGAUUUAAUACUAGUAUUACUCCAUCUGCGAGCAACGCGGUAGCUCAUAGUCUGAUAGAUCAUGGUAUUAGUUUGUCGUCUCAUACCAUUUCUGAAACAGAAAUUUAUCGUAGUAGAGCAGCGUAGUCGAGAACGAAAAUUUCGUGGUUGGCUACAGAACAGACACUUAGAGAAUAUGGACAGAAACAUGCUCAGUGUGGCCACCAUCAGCAGUCAAAACGCUGUUGUUUCUGCACCUUCAGUUACAACCUCAGCAACUUCAUAGAGCAGGCGCGGAUACUAAUCACGAAGGUCAUAGUCAGUCCAAAACAGAGUACAUCAAAGCUGCACAUCCAUUACGCAUCUCGUACAUCUGACAUGGGAUCUAUGCGAAUCAAAGCUGAAGAAACCGAGUUACCUCCGGAGAAAAGAGUGGGAGAUGGAUCUAUCAGUUUGAGAGGAAAGCCAUCAGAUAAGUCCAAGUCGGGGACAUGGCGAGCCGCUUCAUUCCUCUAUGUUAUCGUAUUCGUGAACUCCCUAGUUUUGGUUGCUAUACAAGGGAACCUCAUCACGUACACAGUCAAUAUUUUGCACCUAGACUUGGCCACUGGUGCGAACCUCACCAACUAUAUUGCCGGCUCAUCGAUGGUGGCAACCAUUAUCUUCGGUUUUAUCGCUGAUGCCUACAUCCUUCCUUUCUGGGUCAUUGCAGCAUCGUGCAUUGUCUACGCUGGGGGCCUUAUUGGUUUGGUGCUCUCUGUAUCGCUACCACAUCUGAUACCUCCCCAAUGCGACGAGGCCGUAUGCCCGCCUGCCAGUCAGCACAUCCAGAGCGUGUUCAUGGCAGGACUGUUUAUCUCAGGUAUGGGCGCUGCAGGAAUCAAACCUACAGUGCUGUCCUUGGGGAGGCAGCAAUUUGACGACACGGAUCCCGUGGAGAAAAAGAAAGGGAUUCUUUUUUUCUCCUACUACUAUGCAGUGUAUGAAGCUGCCCUUUUUUUGGCCACCACUGUCUUCUUCUGGCUUCAGACAGACGUCGGCUUCAAGGAAGGAUAUUCCACAAUGGCAGGGACUUUUUAUGCAGGCAUCAUCAUCUCCCUCUUUGGCAUUCGCUAUUUGAGACACCAAAAGCCCGUGGGCAGUCCGCUGACAAUUUUGGCCAAGGUGAUUGUUGCCGCCACGAGGAACUGGCGCAAGCCUUUACCAGCAGAUGGGUCUGAUUUGUACGAGCUCGAAGGAGAGACGUCAGAUAUACAGCUCAAUCGCAUUCGUAAGAUAACUCACAGCGAGCGACUGAAGUUUCUGGACAAGGCUGCGGUCCUGCCCGGUGAUGCGAAAGGUCUUCCUUCCGAUAAGAAGCAGCAACUGAUACGCGAGUGGAAGCUGUGCACCGUGACGCAAGUCGAAGUUCUGAAGGUGGUGCUUCUGUUGUUUCCGAACUGGCUGUGUUCCUGCUUCAUGUACGUCGCGGCAGCUCAGAAUGUGACGUUCGGCGUGCAACAAGUGUCCGGAAUGAAUCGCCAGCUGGGGGACUUCACGUUUCCUCCGGCGACCGUUAUGAGCGCGAGCAUUUUCUCCUCUCUCUUGUGGAUCGCGGUCUACGAGUACGUCCUCCUCCGUCCUCUGAAGAAAUGGACCGGCCACCCUCGAGGCUUGUCGCCUCAGGUCAGAACGGGCCUGGGCUUGUUCUUCGCGGCAGCAACGAUGGGCGCCUCUGCUUUGGUCGAGAUGAGGAGGGUGAGCGUGAUUCGAGCCCAUAAUAUCACCGACCUGCAGGUGAAGCGUGGACUAAUCCCGAUGAGCGCCGCAUGGGUGCUCCCCGAACUUAUAUUGAUGGGUUUCUGUCACCCUUUGCUGGGAACUGCCAUGCUGGAGCUCUACCAUCAAGAGUUUCCCGAAAAUAUGGUCAGUCUUUCCAUGGCUCUGACGUUGGUUGUCAGGCACUUGGUCGAUUUAUCGCGAUUGGUAUUGUCAAUGCAACCGAACGGUUCUCUGGUGAUGGCGGCGCCAAAAGCUGGCUGAAGAGUGGGUUCAAUACUGGAGGCUUGGCCAACUACUACUGGUUACUCACUGUCAUAAUGUUCGUCAAUCUUUGUGUUUUCGUUGUCUAUGCACACUUUUACACUUAUAAAAAUUUGAAACAGGAAGAUCAAACAGAGUCGACUGUAAAGCUAAACUCUGCUACUGAAUACCAAAUGAAGAUGGGAUCAGUCUCCGCAGAUGAUUCGAACAUAGAGGAUGGAAGUAAGAAGCUGGUACGGAGAUCCGUUCAAGUCUGAUCUAAUCAACGCUCUGUAAUAUAAAGAUACAAGGUGUAUUUGUAUUAUUCUCACAAUGUGUUAAUACAUCUUGACCAAUAUUUGAAGCUGGAAGUCACAACUGUCGAUGGGGCAGUACUACUGCGAGAACGCGUAAUCCCGUGAGAUUUGUGGUCUGAUGAACUUCUCGUGAAAAGGAACUGUACUGGUCUCAAUAGAGUCUGUGCAGCUCCAGCUUUCUUUUGGACUCGUUUCCUUUGGAGCCGGUCAGUUGCCUUUUUGAAGUUCCUGUGACAGAAAACGCAUCGGUUUAACUGGGACGAGAAGUGAGAAACCCAUGACUGUUGUAUUAAGUUCUAUAAAUUUAUCACUAUUUUUUUAAAUCUAUUUUCAGAUC